UUCUCCUGAGUCUUCUUGUUUCAGUGACGGUUAUGCGCCCCUCUGUUUCCUUGUCCACCUCCUCCUUCUCUUCUUCUUCUUCCAAGGCAGGUUGCUUCAAGGUGAACCCAUGCAAAUGCAUGAUGGAAGAUGGCUCAGGAGUCAUCAACUUGUCAGCAUUGGACAGCAUCAAGGGCUUUCUGGAGAGAGACAGGGGCCUGGCUGUCGUCACAGAAGUGCUGGUCCUCUACAGCCCCUGUCAGCCACUCAGUGAGCCCACCGUCCCUGCUGCGUCCAACUGCCAGGGAGAAGCUGUGUGCCUCACUUUCAGCGGGCGCCACACCCCACUUGAGGAAUACGUCAGCUUUGGAAGACACGACGGCAAUGAAUUUCACUACAACAACCGGACCCAAAUUCUCUCAGUCACCUACCACACCUCACAAAAUCCACUCCUUAAGACCACCAUCCACUUCCACUGCAGCACCAACCACUCGGUGUCCUUCUCCAAAGUCCUGGAAGGGUCGGAGACUUUCGAGAUGUUUGUGGAGAGCCCGUGCGUCUGCCCGAAUAAAUGCUCGGUCGAGGACGUCGGCCCCGCCACCGUCAUUCUCAUCAUCUUCUGCAUCUCAGCAGCCGCAUAUUUGAUUUUAGGGUCAUGUGCCUUUCGACCAAUCAGAACCGCCGAUGGCAUUCUAAUCUUUCCAGAAGACCACCUCUGGUGCCUGCUAUGCCAAACCUUCAGUGAAGACGGGGGAAGGACGCAGAGGAGGACGUAUUUGUACUAAAAGGGGGGGGGGGGGGUCGUACCUCAUCU